AUGGAAAUAUGGAAUGUCUUGAUGGAACUAGGAGAAGGGGAUGAGCAGGAGAAAGACAACAAGUUGACUGUAGCCAUGAAGAAGUUUGAAGAUUUCAAGAUGCUUCCAAAUGAGACAAUCAUGGACAUGGAGCUGAGAUUCACCAGACUCAUGGGAGAUCUGACUGAUCUCGGGAAGGAAUUGACCGAGAAAGAAAGGAAUCUAAAAAUUCUUCGUGGCCUGCCAAAAUCUUGGGAAAUGAAGGUCAUUGCAAUGAGGGACAAUCGAGACAUGAAAACAACGAGCACGGCCAAGAUCUUUAGUGAUCUCAAAGCAUAUGAGUUCGAACAUGAACCGAAAGAUGCCGAAGAAUCAGAAACGAGAAAUAUCGCUCUAAUGGCCAACCAAUCAGCAUCAACAUCCAACAGCAAGCAUCAAGAUAGCAACACUUCCAAAAGCCCAUCCAAGGAGACUAGAGAAAGAUACAAAAGAAAUGACAAGCCAAAAUCUUCAGGCUCCAGAAACGAGAGAAGAAGAAAGGCAAUGGUGGUGAACGAAACCUCUGACACAGUUGUGAAGCAAAGUAGCUCCUCAAGCUCGAGUUCAGACGAUGAAAGUUCUGAAGAAGAAAAAGGACUCCUAUGCCUUUUCAGUCAGGAAUCAGAAGAUCUAUGCCUUACGGCUGACGAAGAUGAGGUAAACUCUCAUUCAUCUUCCUGUUAUUUAGCUGAGUCAAGUUCUGUAGGGAGUCAAACCUCCAAUGAAUCAGUUACCGAAAUGAUGAGGAGGUUCAAAGUGAUAAAUAGCACCUACUCCAAACUUAAGGAGGAGAACUCUCGGCUCACGAUUAGCUACAAUGCGCUAAGGCAAGUUCGAAUUGAGAACAUUAAGCUAGCCAUUGCUAAGGAGCAACUUGAGAAAAAUGUUCUCACUCUGAAGGAGCAGUGCACAGUAAGAGAAAGGAGAGAACAAGAACUGCUUGAAGUCUUGGACAAAUUCAAUAAUUCAUCCAAUCUAAUGGAUCGAAUGAUAAAUGACUCCAGACUGCCCGGGGAAAGAACGGGAAUUGGUUUUAACCCCAGCUCCGCCUCACAAACCUGCUUGAACAAAUCCACGAAUGCAUAUUCACACGAAGGCUUUCAAGCUGCAUUUGUUCAAGGACCAACCCAGAGGACCAAAGAUGAGUCGUGGACACUCUAUGUUGAUGUGGGUUCCAAAGUUGACAGCUAA